AUGGAGGAAGAAACUUCAACACGCCAUGUUGCCUUUCCCCUUCUUUUUAAUUUUUUUGUCUACGAAACAGGACGGUUUCGCAUAUUUGAAAGCGUUUUUAAAAGAACGACAGCCGCAUAAUGUCAGCUUCAACUGCAACUAUUCGUACGAGAAAGUUCAUGACUAACCGUCUGCUAUGCCGUAAGCAAAUGGUAUGCGAUGUUCUACAUCCCGGUUUGUCGUCUGUCAAAAAAACUGAAAUCCGCGAGAAACUGGCCGCUAUGUACAAAGUGACACCGGAUGUUGUCUUUGUAUUCGGGUUCAGAACAAAUUUCGGUGGUGGACGUUCAACGGGAUUCGCUUUGAUCUACGAUACAUUGGAUCUUGCAAAGAAAUUCGAACCAAAACAUCGAUUGGCUCGCCAUGGUUUGUACUCUAAAGUGAAACAGACACGCAAACAACGUAAAGAACGUCGCAACAGAAUGAAGAAGGUCCGUGGUACCAAGAAAGCAAAGGUCGGCCAAGCUGUUAAGAAAUAAUCGCAUUGAAAUUUCUGGGUUAUUUUCAUACAUUUUUGUUGGUACAUUGGUUUUGAAAAUGUAGAAAUUCCAUUCAAUAAAAGUGUAUUCCACGGAAGUGACACCAUA